AGUGACUGACUGACUGACUGACUGACUGACUGCACACAGCAGAGCGUGAGGCCGUUCACUGACUGCUUCAGUGCCCUGUGCUGGCUGACACACACACCCGCCGACUGCCGCUCACUCUGACACAUCAGACACACUCUCACUGCUCUCACUCCCUCCCUCUCUCUCUCUCUCUCUCUCUCUCUCUGUCUGUCUGCUGCAAACACAUAGCGGCUCUCUCCCUCCCAUACUCACGCACUUGCUCACUCCCUCUCUCUUUCUCUCCCUCUCUCUUUCUUUCAGUAUCACACACUCACACGUACACACACACAGAGUCACUCAUUCAACUCCCUCUCAGCCACGGGUCAGCAGCUCAGACAGGCACCUUGUUUCUAUUCAGCUAGGAAGAGUAGAGCAUCGCAAGGUCCUCACACACUUUACUCGUACAGACGCACACACACAAAAACACACAUAUUCAUACACACUUAGAGACACACAGACACACAUGCGCAUCCUCAACCCCGGACUUUAUUGCUGGCACUGGAAAGAAGAUCUUAGUCCAAGGAGGAGAGCAAACAGUGAACAAGGAGGACCCCAAAGAAGAACUUGUAAAGAUGGAGUCAUGAACUUACAGCAUCCUUUGAGGAAGGACAAUUAAGGUUGAAACCUGAAGAUGAUAACCGGAGAAACUUAAAGAAAGCUUGUUUCUGUAGGACAACCUGCUGUCCACCGAAAGGGAAGAUCUGUGACAUCCAGAGGAUUUGCUUGAAGAAAAAAUCUUCACCCCUUUGAACUUCAGGACUCACAUCCUCCUGUCAUCCCUCCACUGGGAACAUCUCCUCAUCAUCAGCAUGCCUGCAGCUUGCACAAGGAGCACCUUGGGAGUCUGACCCACCAUGUGCAGAUGGACGCCGUCCGUAGCUCAUCUCUAUCCUGAGCCUGCCCUCGGCACCUCCACCACUGGGCGACCUGUCCCCCUGCCCAGUGCAGCCUCCCUGUGCCUGGCAUGUCUCACCCUGCUCCUGGUCACCUCUGGCACUGCCACAGGGGCCUGUCCCCCCGGGGUAGGGCAUGAACCCUUACAGGUACUGGCUGGUGGCAUCAACUGUUCAUGGACAUUAGAAAGGCACACUCGCAGUUACAAUCACCUGGAGGGCGACGUCAGACUACGGCGACUCUACUCUGCCAAUAAGUUCUUCCUCUGCAUUGACAAAACCGGCAAGGUGGACGGCACACGGCGGAAGAACUACGCAGACAGUAAGUAGUCAGCACAGCUUGGUUCUUUAUCUCAAAUGGGUGUCACUGGGCUAGCAGGAUACCCUGUGACGUUUGCACUUGAGUUUUAUAGCUGGACUUUCUUAUCUCUUAACUUUUAUAACAGUUCAUAGGGAUAUCCCAUGUUCCAUCACUGCUGAGCUAUUUGUGUUGUGUUUAGAGCAGGAGAGAUGCGUUGCUAGGGAAAGAGGGAAUACCCAGGAGUGGAUUCAAGCUCCUCAUGGGACAGGCAGUAUGGGAAAGCUGACUUGAGGAAAGACACUGAGCAUCAGUUGUUGAUGCAAAUUAGUUUGGAAAAAAGCUUCAAUAUCAGCAGGGAUUAACUUGUCAAAACUGUUGUGAAUAGCAGCUGUGCAUGCUUCUGCCACAAACGCUGACAAAGGUUCAGAUGAAUUGUGCAAAGUUUGAUUGGUUAUAAAGAAUGAGACUGCAGGUUUUAAGUGCUGCAAAGUAAAAGAAGGUCAUAAUUUUAGGGGCUCUUUCAGGGGGGGCUUGCUUUGUUAUAUAACCAUGCACUCAUAGUGAAUCACUUUUCAACAGUCUCUUUUCUUGUUCCUCCUUUGCACCUCACAUCCUACAGCUGCUAUACAGUAUCUAUCAUCUUUGCACCAGGGUAUACUUCCCAAAAGUCACUCCUUUGUAAAGUCUGCAACAAAGUAUCUCCAAUUCAACGUCAAGCAUUUUUAACCUGACGAGGAACUUAUUCAGAGUAGCUGUGGUCAGGUCAGAUGUGAAGACUGUGGUCAUAAUAUGACCUCCCGCUCCAUUAGUCACCAUUUGACUGAUGGACUGACUGGGUAGCCCUCAGAGACAUCUUUGCCUUUGACUGUAAUAGUAGUGUACUCAGGCGUUAAUGCCUUUUUAUUAAAGUGUGUGAGUCAGAGUUUUCCAUGCAGCUACUGGGGGCUGGAGCAGCUGCUGCAUCCUCAGCCACUGUUUCAACAAGCUGAAAGCUCCAGACUGGAUGACAUUUGUUAACCUGUUGGGAUUAAUCACCUGGCACAAUCUUAAAAAGCCACACAGGCUGGUAGAAAUUCAAGUUGAGGUGAAUUAUUAUGCUAUAAAAUUCAGAGCUGUGAGCUUAUCCCGUUUGGGACCAUCAUAUUAGCAGUAAUAUACUGUAUGUCAGCUACCGUAAUAAAGUAUUACGCCCAAACUUUGCCUGAAUUUUACACUUCAGAGAUCAUGCAGGAAAAGUUGAAACAAACCAUCUCCAGUUUGGGGAAGUUUGAAAAGAAAGCGUGAAUGCCUAAUAGAUUUUGAGAUUCGUGCUCAUUUUUGACAUAGCUCUGUCAGAUGUGUUUUCUGUCGUUCUCUAAAGAGAGGGUACAGGCCCCUUUAAUGUAAUGUCCUCAUACUAUUCCGCCAUCAUCCUCUCAUUUCCUUUGGUGGAAAGAACGAUUCAGGGUGUGUACCUGCACCCUGAGCUGAGAGCAGUGCCAAACCUGUGGUCAUGUAGACCUUGUGGUCAGUCUGUGGUUGCGCCUUACAAUGAGGCAGAUCUGGUUUAAGGUUGUUUUGAGGUCUGAUUCUGUUUCUGUGUGAGGCUACCAAUCAGAUUUAAAGCCUCCUGACCCAGACCAGGUCUUGAUACUGAUAGGGUUGCCAUGCUAUGGAUUAGAGUGGAAGGACAAGCAGAAAGUUGUGCAUUUUUAAUGACAGGUGCAGUGACAAAGACACUGGAGUGCAAUGCCAGUGUCUCGUUUAAAAGAACAGUUUCACUAAAAAGGUUUUUUAAAAUCUUCUUGAUUCUUUUUUAUUCUUUGUAAAGAUCCCCAUUUGCUCCCUUGAAGUUGUCACAAACAAAAAAUGACAAGGCAACUAUCUAAAAUCACACUGUAUUCAUAAGAUAAAAAUGCAACUGGAGCCAAAUCUGAACAUCAGACAUGAAAUAAAUGAUUGAGCGCCUUUGUAAAUAAACAGUAAUUUACAGUAUUGACUUAUAAAACAAUGGAAACAAAAGCAAAAUUGUCCCAAAUACAUUUUAAAACACAGCCUCAAAAAGGGGGUUAAACUCAUUGGUACUUUCAAAAAACAAUUUGUUUUGAAGCUGUCACAAUUUAUUGAAAAAUACAAGAUAAAGCCUAAUUAGAAAAAUGUCUUUUUUUUAUCUAUGUGUUUAUUUCAUUUCAUUUGUAAAGGGAUGAAAUUAUUAUCCAUGCAGAUUGAAAAGCAAACAAGACCAUAACUAAAAAAUCUAUUAUUUCUGUGCAAUAACGUAUGAUGUUUUAAGAUAAGAUAUUCCUUUAUUAGUCUCAGGGGAUAUUCCAAAUUUACAGCAGCUAUAAAUACAAAAGAGAAAUUAAAGCAUGAAGAAACUUAGUAGUUAAAAGAUGUAAAAAAAGAUAUAUAUACAUGACUGUUAUUGACAGCUGUCAUGUACAUGUUGAUGUGUUACAGUUGAAAAAUUGAGAUAAUUAUAUGUAUGACUAUAUCCACAGAAAAAGAAUACAUGUAUAGAGAAUAUACAUGUGUACAAAAUAAACAUAUAAAUAUGAUUUUUGGGAUGGUUAAUAGGAGGGAAGGCAUUAAAUUAUGUCAGUAACAACAUGCAGAAAGAUUAAAUAUCUUUACGGUUUUAAUGUUCGUAGUGAGUGAUUUGUUUGACUGUUAAAAGACAGCUGGAGGAAAUUUCGUGAUAAAGCCACUGUAGGAGUUCUUGACUGAUCUAUAAGAAAGUCUUUGCUUGAUGUCUACAUAGUGGGUUGGGAAUAUCAGCCACCGAAAUCAAGAUUCUCUAAGGUUAUAGAAAAUUUGAUUUAUAUAAAAGUCAUCCAAAAGUCGCUUAACCCUUCCUGUUAAGUUUGGCAGUGAGAAGAAGACUUUUUAUAUAUAUAGUUCUUCUUACACUGUGUUUUGCACUGAAGACUGACAAUGGAGCAGGGUUUGUAAAAAAAAAAAAAAAAAAAGACUAAGCUUUCUGUUAAAGUGUUGUUUUAGAUGAAGAAAAUCUACAUCCAAGACUUUGCUAGGAAAAAAAAAAAUUCACUCACAAAAUGGCUACAACCAGGGUUAAAUUUCAAUUUUCACUGCCCUUUGAGGUUAACAGAGUUCAACCAUGUGCAUAUUCAGGUUAUUUGGACAUUCAUUGGGACACCAGGGCUGUGAAGGGUGACAUUAAACCAGAACAUUUGGUCACCUUUUUAAAACUAACUACAAGUCAUAAAUUAGAGUUUAAAAAGAUUAGUUGUUGUUGUGUUACAGUUAAUCAUUUUACCUACACAUUAUCUUAUCAUCCGCACACUGCAAACAACUGUCUUGGAAAAUACUCAAAGAUUAUCAAAAAAUCUGUACUCCAUGUAUUUGCUCCCACAUUAAAUGCUUUAUAACAGUGGAUGAUUCCACUCAUGCUCUUCGCUCCUCCAAAUCACGGCAACAUUAAAAUUACUCACAGUGAAUUUUAGAUACAUGCCCAAACAGCGCUAGAUAAACUACACAAUGACAAAGGACACACAAUAUAGAGUGACACUGAGCACUACAUGUUAAUGCACAUGUGGACAGACACAUAACACAAACCAGCAACAAGAAUAGCUUACCAAAGUAGACAGCAGACAUAAGUUUUAAUGACACACAAAGACAGAUAUACAUCUUUUUGCACUUUUCCUCUAUAUUCAAUGAUAAACAUUGCAACCUAUCUCAGUAAAACAUACAGCAUCUGAGCUCUCAGUAUCGUCUUGAGCCUCCAUGCAGAUACCACAAACACUGCCACACAGCAGUUUGGCCGACCCCUCCUCUGUCCUCUGUGUUGACCUUACUCUCUUGUCCACAUUACCCCAACAGCUUUUUUGCCUGCUACACCCAGGCCCCGGCUCUCACCUCCAGCCCACUCAGUUUUUCCAGCCCUGACUCCCAACCCCUCUCAGGUGCAAAAACAGUUGGAAUUAGUCAACAGGCUCACUGCUAAUUGAGGUUUGGAAAAUAUUGUAUCAAUCCCAGUGGAGCAGGGGCAUGGAACAGCUGAGAGAAGAGGCGGGAGGGUGAGAGAAGCUGACUUUGAGGGAUGGAGGGUUGAAAGGAUAAGAGAGCGGGACAGUGUAGCACAUGUAAACAAAUACAUGAUGUUUUUCUGGAUCUUAGAUUUGGGUAAAAAGAGCAUUUAUUAAUAUUGCAUGAUGAUAGUCAAAAUACUCCAACUCGUGUUAUUCCAGGUCAGAGAUUUUAAACAGCAACAGAGAUUUAAAACAGUUGUCCUGAACAUGCAAGACCAUCUGAAUGCUUUUAAGUUCCAUCAUCAGCGCUCUGAGAGAGGAAAAAAAGUCCUGUCUUGUCUUGCGAGCACACAAGCAGAACUGUACACAAACACACACUCAAACACACACAAACACAACAGUUUCAAGUGUCCAUUCCUGAAGUCUGUGAUCAGGUUUGAGCAAGUUUUCAGCUUACAGAGCCGAUACUACAUUUGUUAAUCAAAUCACAGACACACACACAUCAGAUAAGAUAACUCUUGUCUCUGGUUUGUGUAACUGCAUGCUCUAAAAAUAGAUUCACCACUGAUCAUAAAACACUUGAUAAACCAAGUUUCUAAAAAUAACUUCACUUAAGUAACCACAACAAGAGACACAGUACAGAACUUUGAGGCGCCUCACAGGAGGGCCUCAACGUGUUUUUCUUUUGACCUAUAGCUAAGCAGAAAAGGGUCCAGGGAAAAAACACACUCUUGUGUUUACAAAAGCUCCAGAGGCAGGUAAGCAUCAUAUCCUGUCCUGGGUCAUCGGUCAUAGCCUGCUAAUUAGGCAGAGCAACAGCUCUACAGCUGUGUGGGCACACCCAAAAACCAUCUGAUGAUCAAUUUGAGCUGCAAAUCAUGAAGUUCAGUCGAGGAAAGCAGGAAAAAAAAAAUGUUUCUGCAGUCAUUACUGUAAAUGUGAUCAAUACAAGAGAGCUUUAACUUCACCUUUCUUUUUUUCAAGUGCUCUGUUCAUUUUUGGCAAACAUUUUUCAUUGCAUUUUAAAGGACGGGGUGCCAAAUUUGGGGCGUGGCUAAAUGCAUUGAGCAUUUGCGCAGCUUCCAGGUAGUGACAACCCACUCACCCCUCAGAAAUAAGGUCACUUCAUCAAGCAGCUAUACAGCAGAAGUCACUGCGGUCAUGUUAGCAUCAUUCUGCUUCUACAACCAAACUGGUCCAGCUGCCAGGGAGUGUUGUGUUUACAAAGUUUUCCUUGGUGUGCAACAUUUUGCUGUUUGAUGUGAGAGUUUUCCUGGUUCAUGUGUGUGUUUGACUUGGAUGGGACCCAUGGGAAGAAAAUCUUCCACCCUGCUGAAAAAUGUUGUGGAAAUUAUUCAAACUUGUUUCAGACAGGGGAAACUGUCACUCACCAAGGCGAGACUGACUUGAAUUUGAAAUAGGAAAAGACAAGCAGAGUGUUACAGACCAAUGACUAAAUGUACUUGAAAGUUUUGACUAGUUUGACAGAGUUUGCAGAAAUCAAAACGUUAUCCGCAUAUUGAAUUGAUAAUUGAUGAUGAAGUAAUAAAGUAAUGAGAACAUUUUGGAGUAAAACAUCCAUCAUAUUUUAACUUUUCCUGAAAAUGGACGGUUGAAUUACUUCAGUCAAGUUUGUUAUCAGUAAUUUGUAUCAAAUGAAAACAAUUAAACAAUAUAAAAGUGGUUUCUCGUAGUCUCUGAGUUACAGCGAACCAUCCAAGUCUGCAGGUCCUCCCAGCUUCAUAGUUCUAAUCUUCAACUACGCUAUUUUGUUGACUCCCAGCAGAGCAGUUUCAGUUGUAGAUACAAAAAACUGCAAAUUAGUGAAGACUGAAUUUUUGCUUAUUGGGUGACCAGAAACAUUUGAACCUUGGUAAUAGCAGCUGAAUAUGUUGACAAAGUUGUUUCCUGAAUUCGACAAUAAAGUUUAUGCCAUGUCAAUAAUAGCUUAACCAAGUAUUUUGUUAGCUUUAUUUCAGCCCCAGAUAAACUAUCUGUGACUAGUUUCUGCUGUCCCUACCAGAGGAAAGUCCAGGCUUAUAUAUAUAUAUAUAUAUAUAUAUAUAUAUAUAUAUAUAUAUAUAUAUAUAUAUAUAUUUUUUUUUUUUUCAUUUUACAUUGGUGGCCCACUUGAGGCACAGCCUGAUGCAGGAGUGGCAUGAAGUACUCAGGUAUCUCUCUUCACUAAUUGUAUCUUUUGUAAUCAUCAACAUAAAGCUGCCGUAAUUCUGUGAAUAGGUUUUCAAUGUUAACAAAAUAACACGAUUCAGAGGCAACAAACAAGAUGUUAGUAGUUAAUGCUCUGAAGACUAAAGAGGAUAAAGCACAGAUUGAAAAAAGUUGUAUUUACAAAGUCAUAUUUUGAAGUACCAACAAACUGUCCGAUGGAAAUGACACACUAUCAGCAACCUGCUCAAAAAGUCGAUUUAAACAAAGGUCCUAUUAGGGUGGCCAAUGAGAUUUCAGGGCCCAUGCCACCCCUUACUUGCAUCAGGAUGUGGCCCUGAAAUGGCCACAGUAUCAGUCAUACUUACAGUGUUUAUAUUGAAAAUUAAAGUAACAACCAGAAUGGGGCACAGCAGCAGAGGAGGGCUUGUUUGGACUAAAGACUUGCAAAGUAUUUUGUUAGUCUCUCCUCAGCCCUAUCAUGGAACAACCAAGCUAAAUACUGAUCAAGAUAAGCCAACUCUUUUUAUAUUUAUUCAUGGUUUAAAACUAUUACUGACCAGCCAGUAGCGCCUCCUCAUGCCCAAAGUAUGAUGCAGUAAAGUGUAUGUGACGUUUUACGCUGAUUUGAGAGUUCAAAAACAGAUUUUUCAGUUAGUAUUGGUGUUCAGUGUCUAUCACUAUCCAUAGAUUAGCAGCUCCCUCUCACAUCAUUAGAUCAGUCACUUUCAAUUUGAUCGGUUAGCUAUCAGCUUCCAGCAACUUCAACCUGUGUGACUUAAAUGAACCAUCAAAAAAUUAUCUCUUCAGUCAGGGCCGCUUUGUCUAAAUACGAUCAUUAUUAUUCAUGCAAUAACUCAUAUUUGAUGGCAUGGCUAACUCUGAGAGCUCCCUGCCCAUCCACCUACAGUAUGUGUGUGAAAUGCCAAAGCUUUUGACGGGGAGAGCACACCUCCCCUCAUGUGCAUACAUUGAUAGCUAAAGCAGGGAGAGCAGCAGCAAAGACCAUACCACUCUUACACAGUCAGGGUGAUAUAAUAGUGGAAUAUCAACUCCCUAUAUUGAUAUUAUACUACAUGUACAUAAAGAUUCAGUCAGCCUCCCCUCAGAAAUGUUGUUUGUAAGUGAAGACUACACUAUCGGUCAAGUUAGCGUAAAAUCGUGAAUCCAAUCUUCUCUACCGUCUGCCAUUUUGAAGGUGUCAGAAAGUUUAUUUUGCCUUGGCAGCCCUUCACCCUUGCCAUGACUCACCAUUAAUUCAGUUAGAGCUCAGACAGGGACGUGUGACUGGAUCAACAGCACCGGGGGCUGGAGGGGCUACAGAGGGAAGCACCUGGCCGAAGGAAGUGCUUUGGUGUUUUGAAUCCUGAGAAUACACAUGUUAAUGAGGCUAAGAGAAGGGCCGGGGCGUGCUCUGCUCAGUAUUGAGGUGGAAAUUAAAGGCUAGAGGAGUGCUGGAGCGUUUCCCAUUGCUCAUUAGGCAUUAUGCAAGGUCUCCUCUGGGUCGUCUCAUCUGAGAAGGGAUUCGUGGACAUUUUGGAUGCCAACAGGAGGGUAAAAUCCCACGAAUCAUGCAUUUAUUAGCCCCACCUAUGAGGACAGUGCAUGGCCUCAGCCUGUGGGAGACAAAUGAAAAUCCACCCUUUGCCAGCUGUUCUUGGAGUUAAGAGGCUGAAAGCUAAACAGAACUUCACUGGCACACGCAUGCAUCUUGACCAUGCAUGUUUAAUCUCUCUGUCAAACACACACACUCAAGCGCACACAGACACACACACAAACUAUUGCCGUCCUGGGAACGUUGCAGGACAAGAGUGUCAGUGUCACCCUAAUUAGCCGAGCUCCCUGGUUUCUGCCAUCCGGGUUUGAUAUCAUGAAUGGGCUUAGAAAUGUAGCAAUUAGUAGCUAACAACCUUUAGCAGUCUGGCUGCGGCUCCUCUCUGGGAUUUACUGGGUUCAUCAGCAGGUUUAUAGAGUCUGACUUUGGCUCCAGCAGCCAAUUCUUUAAUAGUAUCCCACAGCUCAGGACAUCCUGUGGGUGUGAAGGGAACACAAAAGAGAAGAUUUCACACUGCCAGUAACCAGAAGCUCAGAUCUUAAGACCAUUGAUAAAAGAUGUUUGCACUCAUGUUCGACAAACCGACUUAAAAGAAGAGUCUGACACUUGAAUACAAGGUUCAAGUACAUCAACUGUGAAACGCACGAAGAAACAAAUAUGGUGCUCGGAACAUCAUAGAAGUAUUAAAUGAGGCAAGAUUCAGGUGUGACUCUUCUAAAUUAGUUUAGGCUGGAAAAAAUACUUUAUCCAGAAGCCAUUCCCAGUUAUUUAGGUGCUUUUUCCAUAUUCAAUAAAAAGUCAAAUAAGAAAUAACAGUGCUGCAGUGCUAUUCAUCAAAGCCAUGCCGUAAGUUUUGAAAUUGUACUGGACAGUUUGGUCUUGUCCUUGGCUAAAAUCAUGUGUACUUUUGUCGUGAAAGGUGUGAAAUAAGUAUUAAUUAGAUCAGCUGGGAAAAGUAGGCUGGCUAAUCCUACUCAUGGGGCACCACAUGUUUGAAAUCAUUCACCAAAGGAAAUUCUCACCCAAAAGUGUCCACCUCUCACAUCUCAAACCCUUCAAACGCAUGCACACACAUACACACAUCGGCAUAAUCGGUGUAUUGAAUUAGGGGAGACAGGUCUUGCCUCAGUCUUAGAUAGACCAAGACAGAUUAAUGGUUUUGUUUUGACCCUUCCAAUAAAGCCCUUCACCUCCCUCCUCAAACCAAGCCAGACAUCAUGUCUUGGAAGGCGUUUAAGUACUGGCCCAGGAAUAAAGAAGCUGGAAGAGAACCCCUACUGUCAAAAGGAAAAAGAAACAACUUGGCAUCCCUAAAUACAGCUACGGCUGACUGGGUAAAGCUACAGGAAUUUGAAGGUGUUUCAACUUAAAUUCGAAUCACAAGGAGCCUGGGAUUGGAGGCAAUAAUAGCAGGAAUGUAGUGCACCUGUUGCCCUUGAGACAGGUAUCUCUUCUUGCAUGAUUUUGUCCAAAUCUUAAAGGGAGAAAUAUGCAGCAGUAAAAUCAGAGGCCUCAGUCUUAAUAUCAAGAUAAAUCAGGGAUUCCCUGCUCAUUUUUUUGACAUGAAAAUGUAAGUCACAGGGAAUCUUGGAUGUGCCUUACUUCCAAUAGACUUUAAACCCUCUCUUAGCUACAAAUAACUCACACACAAACAAAAACUACAACAGUCUUGUCAGUCUGUGUGGCUAAAUAUUGACUUGCUGUCAAGCAAUUAAGUCGUAAAAAUCCAGCUCAGAGCUCCUUGCCAUGUGUAAUAAACAGGAAGUCUAUUCACUCAUGAUAACUCUGUGGAGAAAUGUGUAAUCACUGGACUCAGAAUCACACCUGAAAAUGACAUUUUAAUGAACUGAUCACAGAGCACGUUAUAGAGACGUCGAGCAGAAGGCUAAGGACCAUGUCGCAAAUCUUACCAUGCUGGCUUCAUUUAUUGGGAAAAUUUAUUUAUUUAUUGGGAGGAAAUAUGUCAUCAAGAACAUUGGAUGAAGACAUGUACUCUCCUCUGUGGGGUGAAAUAUGCUACAAAAAUAGUCUUUUGCUUCCUAAAAACCACAAGUUUUUAAGGCAUUUUUGCCCAGACCAAAGUUUUGGAUCAGACAACCAUCACUGCCUUCUUUGAAACAUGUUUCAGUACUUGACAUAGGAAUUUACCAGACAGAAAAUGACCAUAAAAUUUUUGUGAUGAUUUAUAUACAGUUUAAAACAGAAUUUAUGAGACUGAAUCAUAACUGUUGCAAUCUUAUAACACAAGGAAGUUAAUUCAUUAUGUAUUCAGAUGUAGUUGAUGAGUACAGUGCAUAUUGUGCAGAAAAUUUUUAGCACAAGGAUAAAAAAAUAAAGAUAGAUGCCACAUUAACAGGGCACUGAGUUUGUCCAAAUCUUGAUUGAAUUUAUCUUUCGAUUGUCCUGGAUAUGGAUGAAACUUUUUGGAGUACAAGAAGAAAGAUUGAUAGGAUGUCAGAAUUUAUUCAUCUGGUUUAUGACGGCUGACUUGUUCUUUGAAGAUGAAAGGGCAGACGCCCUGGUCCAAACUAUUACCUUGUUGUGAGUGUGUCUCUUGAAAGUAAAAAUAAACUAAUGCAAAUAUGAAAGGUGAAAAACAGCAGAUGCAAUCCAAGUCUGUGCAUACCAACAAGUUUAGACCAUACCAUCUCCACAUCACACAUAUUUAGCGGUACCUGCUUUGUAUCUCUCAAGCCAUUUUGAAAAGUGAACAUGAACCGGAUGUGAGUAUCGUGUCAGGGCUCUUUGAAUACGUGUACACUUAAAAUGCAUGUGCCUGUGUUUAUACUUGUGCCAUUGCGGGAGCAUGAAGUGGACCCUAAACUGAAAAAGAUGUGCGUUUGCUUUCCCUAAUGGCUAAUGUGAACCAGACCUUACCUUGCACUCAAUUCCGUCUGUGUAUAUGUGUGUGUUUGUGCAUAGGGUUUGUGUGCGCAUGGAUGUUUUUCCCGUCUGGGAGGCUUUGCGUCUCUCUCUCUCACACACACGCACACACAGACACACACACAGACACAGAGGGUAGCAGUGAGGUUUGCAGGACAACAUUGUCUGCACCAUGCAUCAGCCCACUCCUGUUCAGACUCUGACACUUUUCGUCUUAAACUUACUGAACUACAAAUUGCUUCCUUCUUCCUUCAAAUGAGGCUGUUCAACUGCAACUCAACACCGAGUUUGUGACACAAAUUUGGACAGGAAUAAGUUGCAGUUCCACUUUCUCUUUUAAAGGAAAAAGUUUAGUAAGUUGAAGACAAAAAAAGGGUUGUAUCCAAUUUUUCAUUAUAUACUAUAAGGACAAAUCCUUCACCAUCUUUCCAUCCUUCUUUCUCUCUCACUGUUUUCACCUAUUACCAUCCCUCUGCGUCUCUUGCGGUCUCCAUUUCCCCCUGUCCUCCCCUGCAGUGGAUAGGAUUGGGGUCAGGGCCCUUUGGCCAGUGGAGCAAGUGACAGCUCUGACAGGGCCCUGAUUUCACUCUUGUGCCUUCUGUCACCUCCCUGUAUGCCCGUCUCAUUUUAAUAAUGUAAAUAUGGGGCAGGCAAAGGCCAGAGAGAAUAUUUUGUGUCCUGCUGCUCACCGACUGGAACCUGGCUGCACACCUGAGCUACACAUGCACACACUUUGAGUGAGCAGUUUUCUGUUUUGAGGGUUUUCAAACUGCUGUCUCAUAUGGAAAUAAAAGUAAACAGCAGAGUUGUAAAGAACUUGAUAUGAUUUCCAAAGACUUGGGAGCAAAAUCUCUGCAGUUUCAAUGUGAUCAACAGAAACCCUGUAAUUAAGAGCAAAUCACCCAAAGAGUGGAGGCAGAUGCUGCAUUGAUGGCUUAUGGAUGGGUGGUAGACAUGGGGAAGAUCUCCAUGUCUAAGGGUUCUUUAAUGUGACAUGAAAGCUCAUCGUUUUUAAUAUUGCAGAGUUGAAGAGGGAUAAAGUACUCCCUCAAUUCAGCAUUGCACUUUUGUAUUGCUGAAGAACCCACAGGAGUCAGAUCAAAAAAUGAAAAUUUGUCAAUUCAUAGCUUAAGUUGUGUCCCAUCAUAAGUUGAACCAUUGAAACAGGAACCCUAUUUUCCAAGAAUGAAACCACAUCAGGUUUUUUAACAAAGUCUUACUAUCUUCUAAAUGCCAGGCUUUGUCAAACAUCACAAAAAUAUCGGACAUGAUCUGCAACCCUGUUUUAACUUUUAGGAGCUGUAUAUCUUAUACAAGUACCUGCACAGGCUAAGCAAAACUGCAAUAGGGACAUAAUUCAGUCUUCUGUGCUCAACAGUGCAGUAGCCUUUUAAAAGGGAUGUGCAUUUAUAUUAUUUACAUAGUCGUUUUUUAAAAUCUAACUAUAGUAGGGUGACCAUAUUCUGACUUCCCAUAAAGAGGACACAACCACUUGGGGGCGGGGUCACAGAGUUGCACGACGCUAAAUUUGAUAGUUUUUCGGCUUGGAUCGAGUGUCUUUUAUGUGCUUCUAGCUCAGUAAGUCCACGUGACACAAAAGCUAAACGUACAUACAAAACCGCAGACAUUUGAAGGAUCUUAUAAACUUCCCCGGAAAGGCCAGACAAACCCGGACAGCCCCCCAAAAAGAGGACGUAUGGUCACCCUAAACUAUAGGUGAUAUGAGACAUCUUUUGUCAUGCGAAUGUAACCACUUAAUCCAUUGUAUGUUUGUUGAGCUGGCUGGUUUAGUGAAACCUCUGACUCUGUGUUGUGUGUAGAGCAAAGCACAGGGGAAUCGUUUGCCCGUUAAUGUCGACAUUUAUUAUCUGAAUAGGAUUAGAUAAUCGUGGCUCACACAGCACACUACGAAAGAACAGCAAGUUCGCAUAGCAGCCAGCUAGCUUGCUUGCUAAUACAUGUACAAUGCUGUUCCAUGGACACUAUAGCAUAUGUAAGUUAGAGUAACCCAUCGAGAGUUUUUCAGGUCAGAUCGAGUGUCUUUUACGUGCUUCAGUAAAUCCAUGUGACACAAAAUCGAAACUUGCGUACAAAACCACAGAAAUUUGAGGAUUUUAUAAACUUCCCUGGACAGCCCCCCAAAAAGAGGACAUGUCCGGGUAAAAGAGGACGUAUGGUCAACCUAAUGUAUGUAUGCAUACUGGGGAAGGCACCCUUGAGCCAUAGAUAAAAAUAACUGAAUGAAUCUUACAUACUGGCAAGUAAAAAAAAACAAAAAACACACUCUGUUACACCAUCACACCAUACAUGGUCAUACUUGAAGUGUAUUCCAGUUUAAACACUCACAUCAUUGCCAUCUACCAUAUACCAGUGUAAGGCAAUAUUUCAAUAAAAGCAGAUAUGGAUGAUCCACAUUGAAAAUAGUGUUGUGGACACCCAGGGUGGAUAAAAGUGGGAAGCUGUUAAGGCUUUUGUUUUCUCCGGAGUUUGUUUGUACUCAAGAGUGGCUGAGUCUGGUCCAGACCGUCGACCAAACCAGCCACAGAUGCAUCACACCAGCUUACUGCAAUUUAGCUACACAGGGGAAUAACCUCAGUCUGAUGUGGAUCCCACCAUCCCAGCUGCCCUUCCCAGCACAGGGCACUACAGCGCAGGAAACUGCAGAAGCUGUGAGUCACAAAGCUCCUGGCAGUCAGAUCUGUUCGUAACUAUCUGUGAAGCCCCAGAUAGCUUUCUGUCUGCUUGUUACGGAUGUGAUGCAUGAUUUAGAGGCAGUUUGCCGUCCUUGAUUAAAGAAAAGGCCUCUUGGUUGGUCAGACUGCGGCCCCUCGGUACCACACAGGCACAGACGAGCACACCGUGGGCCUUCGUUAACCUUUUUCACCUCUGCCAUCCUUCACCCUCACUUCACCAGACCACCAUCCCAGAACUUGCCGCUUCUCUCAGGUUCUCCUCUUGAGUUACCUCUUGCUUAUAAAUUGGAUGUUUGAUCAGUGGAGGGUCUUUGCCCUCUGAUUUAGCAUCCUGGAGGUCCAUAAUGAGCUGACCGAUGUUCCAUUACGUCCAAUCACAGCUUAGCAUGUCAGAGGAAGUUUGUGUUCAGCCGUCUAACUACCAUAGAGAGCAUGCUGACAGGACGUGUAGCUUCACUAAUCACUGAUUGAUUGGGAGUGUGUGUGUGGUAGAUGUAUGAAACCUUGACCUUUUAAACUUAAAUUUUCAUCAAGGUUUCUUAUAGUUUUAACUUGGCUUACUUACCCUUUAGUGUCUGAUUCCAGUUGGUCAAUUUUGCAGUUUCAUUAGCAGUAUAAGCACUGAUUUUUGAGUGUGGAUCAUCUCCACACACAUUCACAGACGUAUCCAGCUGUGGGCAGUGAUUCUGGAGUACUGGGUCAUUCUGUCUGGGGAUAAAUCAAACAGAAUAAUCUGUCCUGCGAGGGGAUGGAAGGUAAUUGGUUACAUUUGACCCGCGGCCUCACGGACUGUGGGAACGCGUCCUUUAUCUAACAACGGUAAUUGGCUAAUGAAACACUUCCGCAACUCCUCCACUAGAUUAUCAUCCACUGGCUGGGAUUGGGUGAGACAUGAGUGUGUGCAUUUGUGUGAGUGUGGCGAACACAAGUGACCCAAAAGGCGUGUGAGUGUGUGGACGUGUGUGUGUCUGAGUCGUCUGGAGAAAAUGGCAGGAUGCGGAACUCCCUGUGGCCAUCUCCACUACGUUAUCGUCAUCAUCUGUCUCAUGGUGCCUGCAGCGUACUGUUAUGUCGGCAGACCACACAUUAAAGGUUGUAUGGUUGCCAUUUCAACUUAAAUCUAGGUUUAAAAAAGGUUAAUGUAAUUCAAAUGAAAUCUGCUCCCUGAGGCAGGGAUGUUUUGUGUGGCUCCUAAUGAUGGUACAGUCAGAACCAGACUGAGAGUUUGAAGCGUUCAGCUAAACUCUGAACAUCGUAGUCACAUAUCACAGCUUUGUGUCGAAUUUUAUUGAAUUUUUCUCAUGUUUUAUUGAUGUUAUCGUGUAAUCAUUCAUCUUGGCAAGUCAUGCCCACGUCAACUGAAAGACAAGAAAACCAGGGUGGGGAGGGUUGAGUUUGUGGGGUGGGUGGGGGUGCCAAAAAAAGCAGCUUAAGUUACACUGGUGAGACAAUGUCUCUGAGGUCCCAUCAAGUGAGCCAUUCAUAGAUGCAGGCCGAACAGUUUGUGGAGCCAGGGAGACACUCCGAUCAAGUGGGGCCCAGGGUGGCCUUGUCUUUUUGUCCCAAGCUGACCCCUGCUCUCCCGCCUGGCCUCUGCGCCCCUCACCUGGUCUGUCCCAGUGCACUGGUAACAGGAUACCUGUAAUUUGCUCUAAUGGCCUUUGAAAGACCUGGCUGGGCUAAUCCCUGGAGUGCUUCUCCCAGCAGCACCGUAUGAAAGAGACAGGGGGUAACAGGGCCGAGUGCGAGUCCUGAAAGAGGACUAGCCUCUGGAUUGUGUGUGGGAGAAUGUCACCCCUUGCAGUCGAGGGAGUGCGGGAGUCAGCUUUCAGCGGAUCACCACUGUGUGGCUUGUUCACAGGCUUAAAAAAAAAAAAAAAAAACUCGGCCCGCGCUUGUAGAGAGGGUGAUUCUCCUGGUUUACACCUCCCUCAGUGGUUCAGUCUAGCAGGCAUGGGAAACACGCCGGAGAAAAGCCUGCACACAACUUUAAGAGAGCACUUUUUAAAUUGUUUCCAGAUUCCUUUGUAAAUUGUGCAAAGUAGUUCUUCAUGGAUGACAUUUGCUCACUCAAGAAUAGAGAAGAUUGGUAUCUGCAAUAUAACAGAGCAGCAAGAGCAGCGGAAAUUAAGUUGGAAAGGUUUGAUAGAAGCAAAAUGCUUAAAGAAUGUCUUCAAGUGAGGAGCAUUAGAAACAGAAAUAUGGGAAUAUUUUACAACAGGAUCUGGAUAAAACAUGGAAGAGUCCUGUUGAACAAAGAAUAGAGCUGUUUGCAUGAGAGGUUCUUGAACGUGGCCCAAAAUGGCUGUACCUGAUGCUAAAAAUGAUAAUAAUAAAAAUAGUAACAGCUUCACUAAACAAAAGCGGCAGAUGCCAUUGAAUAUAGACUGAGAUAACAAAUAUGUCAGUAGCAGUAUAAUCCUAUCAGUCUCAUCUCCCCUCCAGAGAUUCUGAUGGAAUGUGGGAACAGCAAGUGAUAUGUGGGCAGGGAGGACCAGCCCUCUGCCAACCUUUUCUCUCCUUUCUUCCCGUCCUUUCUAUCCAUCCACCCUAAUCUUUUGAUGUAUUUCGCCGCAUGCAAGUGGAUGGAGUCCCACACAUGCAGACCAGCCUGCCUUUAUCCUGCUUCCCCACAGUGUAAGGGACAUUGUAUGCAGUCAUAUUAAAGUGACAACACACAUGCUCACAGUGUGUACAUAGUGAUUAAGAGAGUGACAGAAUGUUUAGAUCUGUGUAAGUUCAAGUGUGUUAGGAAGAAAGGAGGCGGCACAGGAAUAGUCCUGUUUCUUGUUUCCUUUGUUCCUCCUUCAAUUAAGCUCUUUUUUUAAACUUUGUUUGAUCAAAUCAAACAUGACUUGUGUCAAAGGAUCCUGUCUGUCCAGGAAUCCAGGGUUGAAUAACAAAGGUGAAACACUGUUCUGACUCUGGGUAGGCUGGACUCAUUCGAGGCUCAAAUUAGAUCUUAAAGGUCCAGGCUACUGUCGUGGACUGCAGAAAUCAUAGAUUCAGUCACCCCUUGGUUUUCAAGCAGUUGUUAUGAAGCCAACCAGUUGCAGUCGCCAUAUUGAAAAUUUUGACUCAGGCUUACUUUAGGCUAAACAAGAAACCAGUCAUAAAAUUAUAAACACCAUAACACUGUAAUGCAACCGCUGUCCUAUAAGUUGUACCUUUAAAAAUCUUCUACAUUUUCAGUUUUUGUUGACACAGUCAGACAGGUGAUAACUGUCUUUUAACUAACAGUUUUAAAUACUGAAGUGCAAUUUAGUAAAAGAUGUUUCCAAUAUUUUGUAACCCUAUUGUUUGCUUAUUAAGUAAACAAACAAGGGGUACCUUUCUAUAUAACACCAGCGCCAUUCUCACCUGCUACAUCUUCAAAAAUAAAUUUUAAUUGCAUACUCACCUGUUUGAUCAUGUCAACAAAAAAUGCAAAUUAAAAGCUUCCUUAGAGAAGAAUUUAUUGUAAAGCCCAAGGCAGAUUUUGGCCUCAAGUUUGUUGUGGCCAUAAUAUAUCACAGAAACAAUAGUAUCACAAUAUUUAUAGAAAGCUUGACAAUAAAACAACACCAUUGGUCAAAUUGAGAAAAGGCAAAACAAAUGUGGUGUAACAUAGGCCUAUUACAUCAUUUAACUUCACAAAUAAAAGGAAUAACCUCACGUCACAAUCCAUUUCAAAUAAUAUUCAAAUCUAAGAUUUCAUCGAUCCUGUGACCAAAACAGUUCCCCAUGAAACAAUUGUUUGUUGCGCUUUUAUGUUGAUAUUUUUUCAGUCUUGGGUUUCAGUUGCUUCAUUUCCUUACAGAUCUGGAUGGAAACAGUUGAAACAACAUUUAAAAAGUAUUACUAUUCAGUAGGUUAGUAAUGUGAAAGAGGCACUAAUUCUAAUAUCGUAUUUGGAUUCACAAUAAAUCUUGAACACCAGUUUUAAAAUUGUCUGAUCAUCUCUCAAAGGGUUGCUUCAGCUAACUCAUAAGCAGUCAUCUUCAUCUAUCCUCAGUUUUAUGAUGUGUGGCAACCAGUAAGUGUUAGCGUACGCUUAUUCUUACAAAAUGUCAAUAUUUGCCUCAUAACCCCUCCCUCCCUACGACAUUUUGUCCAAAUAAACAAAUAUAUGAGCUACAUACACAAAACCUUUCUUAAGCUGUUAACAGUUUCAGCUCUGCUUUAAAAAUGGGUAUUUUAACUUAUGACCUAAUGGGGAUUUCUGAGUUUCUGGAGGAUUUGGACACUCAACUGCAGUUUUUUUGGGCACUUUAAACUUAAUAUUUCAACAGUGGAGCUUGCCAUUAUUAUCAUUCAAUUGCUCGUGGUGGUGUGUGUGUUUGAAAUUCAGCCUGGUCCAGAUUUGAGCAGACACGUCUCAUCAUAACUGUCGGAUGUCGGAUGUAUAAAUCCCUGUCCUGUAAGAGUUAAUAGGUAUGAUACAUGUCCAGACACCCAGUGUAGACGAGCCUGUGGAGGUGGUGGUGUCCUGAGCAGGCUGAGUCAGAUGGACCAAAAAGGAAGUGAGGGACAGACAGGCAGUGGGGAGCAAGCCAGCUGAUGGGAGACAGGAAGGCGAGAGGAAAGACAGGUAUACAGACCUACAGUUGCUCUGCUCUAGGACAUAGGUCCAGUCACAAACACAUAGAUGAAACCCAGAAGGCACACAGAUACACAAACAUAGCAGAAGUCCUGCAGGGACAGUGGAGCUCCCAGAGUUGUGGUUACAGCUCUUGUAAAAGAGAUUGUAAAUGUUAUACUGCUGACCAGAACUGGCUGGUCCUUUAACCCAAUAAAGGAGGUUGCAUCAUGUGUAUUUUGAGUAAGAUCCUUCAUAUUCAAACAGAAAUAAAGGCCAUCAUUUUAUCACUACAUGAAUUAAAAUAUUAUAGACACUGAUUUAACCAGGGAAAACCAGAGCAGACCCGACACUUUAACGAGGGUCAUUUUGUUUGUGAAAAAUCGAAGCAUCUCUUUAGUGAUUCUUUCGAGGGAAACGAAAUUCAGCAAUACAGACCUUUUUCCUGAUUAUGUGAUGGUAGAGCAGUAUGAACUCUGACUUUCAAAGAUCUUUGAUUCUGUUAGAAACAUGUUUUUGAAAAGACAGCCAGAGCAUGAACCUGCAGUUUAAGAACAGAUAACGUGCAACUUGAAGCUUUUUUUAACAUCAUUUGGCAUGCAGUGGGACAAAAGAAGACUCUUUUAUGAUACUAUUUCAAAUAUCUGGCAGAUUAGCCUCAUCUCCGCUCUACAUUUUUCCGUAAUACAGUGUUAAUGCUGUCACUCACCACUUAAACUGAUCCGCUGUUACUGGUUAGAUGUUGUCAUCCAGAUAAAGGCAGACCUGGUUGAGCUAAGUGAAAAAAGAUGUUAAAGGACCCUUGAACGACCCACUUAAUGACACUCAAAAAAAACAACUUUAUCAAACUGAUAGCAUUUGCUUUGCAACAAAGACAAUACGAGUGGUUUAGCUGCUUUUAUAGAGGUGUUUUUUUUUCUACUUGGGAGGUUGUGGGACACAAUAAAAUUCAAGCUGCAAAACAGUCGGUUCACUUUGUUCCCUGUAUAUUGUCUUUCCAUCUCUGCAGCACCGUCAUAUUUCACAGAAGACUAAAGAUCAGCUUUCAUAUCAGCCUCUUAUUGCAAUGAGAUCAUCACUAACCAAAAAUCAUGUGCCAACCAGCAGUGAUAUCUGUAUAAAUGUCAGGCUCCUGGUAUACAAGCUUCUUGAUUCCUUCAACAACCCACAAUGAGUGCAGAUUUUUCGUUCAAGCAAAGACACAUUAAUUCAAAACAGCUAUUUUGAUUAAUGUCCAAAAAGCUCUUUUUAACUCACUGGGACGUUUUAAAGUACAUCUUGCAGUCUAAAAAAGUAAGACAGAACUCUGAGCAUACUCUCCACGUGCCCUUAGAGCCACACAUCCUGACGUUCAUUCCCAUGCUGACACACAUCGUAACUCUGAUUUGAUCGUCACCACAACCUAAGGGUCAUAAGUUUGUGACACAGUUUUCGUGACACAACAUUAUGUUGUCAGGAAAUAAACAAUGACCUCUGAACCAAAUCAAUUUCAUGAUUGUGCUUUAUAUGCUAUCAAAUAAACGUGCAAGGUGCAGUUUACUGCUCAUUGGCCUUUGACUGCAGGGUAAACUGGUGACAACCCAUUUUUUGUUUGUGAAUUUUAUUAACAUUGAUAAUUUCGAGUAUGUGAAAAACAAACAAAAUCACAAAUUAAUAACUAUAUAGACACAAAAUAAUUUAUUACUAUAUUGACAAUCUUGUAACUUACAGAAAAUCAGCUUACAUAACUAAAAAAAAGAGGAAACAAAGUCAUACCCUGAUUUUGGUAAAUCAUCCAGUCAUCUUUCCAUAAUAGUGAUGCAUACAUUUAAAUUCAUCACUACAAAUAUAUAAUUUCUUUUAUGAAAUAUCUCAAUCAAAAAUUUUAUUGUUUUAUACUAACUGUGUGUCAUACACAAAUUGAGUGUAUUGUAAAUCAAUCAUGUGACUGGGAUGCAGCUUUAGGUACACAAAAAAAAGUUAAAAGGAAAUAUUUUUAUUUAUUUAUUUAUUUUACAAUGCUUCAGUGCUUUGUAACAGUGCAGGAUGACUGUGAUAAAAAAAAAAAUCCAGAAAGGACAUCACAUCCCUGAAUUCAAAGAUACUUCGAUGGGUACAUACGUGCUCAUGUUUGUUUUGAAUAGCUGUUGAUUUCAUUACUUCAGGGUGUAGCAGACCCAGACCUGGCUGGAUUAAUGUAAAGUAUCCAAGAUCUGAUGUGUUUACUGUUUACUGUGUACCGGUUCUUUUCUUUUUUUGUUCAAGCCAACUUUAUGUAGGAUGCAGAGUGAUGAGCUAAUGCAUUGAUUUCCAGCAGAAUUCAAAUAUUAAUUGCACCAUAACAAGGAUAAAAGUUUGGAAACUCUGAUUCAUUACAAAGAGUUAACACGCAAAAUUCACCAGACGUACCAGUCUAACAUAACCCCUUGUGAUCUGUGCUCUUGCACCUGAAUAAAUGUUUGAACAGUGUAAAUAUGCACACCGUUCAACUUUUUUCCUCAAAGAGCAAUGAAGCAUUCACACGCCAACAUCGUCAGUAACAGAUUCAGCGUUGAUAAACAAUAGUUCAACAGCAGGCAUACCUCUUUUUGUUAAUCGUGUCCCAGUAUCAAUGAUUAAAACAAUGCAUGAUGUAAAAAGACAUUUGCCUAAAGAAAGCAAAAUCCUCCUGCUUGCUAAUUUACUUCCUGCUACCAAACUUUGCUUAUCUUCUCGGCCCUUUUUUCACAAACAGCUGAUGAUGGUGGAGGAAGAAAACUGCCAUUUGAGCUGUUGAUGAUCAAGAAUGUCCUCCAUGUAGUCCAUAAACUGCCUGUAAAAGUGGUCUUGUUUGGGAUUAUACUGUAAUGUAGCUCAAUGACAACAACUGUGCUGGAAUUUUGAGCUUUAUUGACUUAACUAUUACACGAAAGAAACUCAGAGGAAGCUUGAUAAUUUUCUCGACUUUGCUGCAACAGAACCUCUGAUCUUUCCUGGACCUUUUUUUUUCAACAACAUUAAGCGAAUGCAACAUGAAUUCAAAACACACCUCAACUUAAAAGUGAAUAAACUAGGAAUUAUUGUUGCCUCGCCUAUUCCAGGAUUUCAGAAAUAACAGUUUGAUUUUAACAUCAGAAAAGGAUCAAUUAAAGCUUUGUAUGAAACAAACUGAUGUCUGAUCAGGUAGGUGCAGAGGAGAAAAGGUGAAGUGCAUCACUGAUGGAAGUUCGUAUAAAAAAUGUUCAUCAGCACCAGCAAUACUCAAAGGGACAUGUUUGGUAACUCUUUUAAACAUGCAUUAGUCUAAAUAGUGGAUAGAAAAGCAACCAAGUACGAUCCUUUUGGCUAAUUGAGUGCAGGUUACACUCCUUCAAAAGUCCUUGCUAAUCACUAGUUGCUGUUUUACUGUACAUUCAAGGGUUAACGGCCAAUUUUCCAUGUCACGCCACCUGUGAUGGCCUCCACCAGAGCUCCCGUUCUCAUGGUGAUCUCUCAAGGUGUUUAAAGCAGUAGUGAGUGAUGCAGCCUUUGUGAGCGCAGGCGGCUGCUUCACCCAGUACCAGACCCUUGGAGGGGGUCAUGGCAGAUCAAAGGUGCUGGUCACAGCCAUUAGGGCCCGGCAGCCCAGACCCGACAUGAAAAGCUUGUGUUUUGAAAAGGAGGGCAGAAGGAAAAAAACAACAGGGCCCUCUUCGUUUAAAAAGCAAGCAAACUGUGAAAUAAUUGAAAAGGUAUGUCAAUCAAGGGCUGGAGCACAGCGGGAACUCUGAGAUUCCCAGGCUUUCCUCUGGUUGAGCACUGAGCCAUGGAGAGCUGCUCAAGGGUGCAACCCAAGAAAUUAAAGACCUGGGAAAAGGAACAAAAAGAAGACAGGAGGAAAGGGGCAGAAAAAUCUCUUUUUCUCACUCUCUCUUUGCUCAGUCUUUUUCUCUUAGCGGCUUGAAAUUUGGGAUAAAAGGAACCAUUUUGCCACACUUUGUAGAGACCCAUUCAAAGUGCCUGGUCAUUAAUAAGAUCUUGUCUAGCUCUUCACCUCUCAGGUGAGUAACAAAGAUUUAUUGGAAGGGGGGGGGCCUGCCCCUGCAAGCAAAACCCCAUCUUAUAACCAGCAACUUCACCCUGUACUUGCUCCCUCCACCUCCUCCUCCUCCCCCAUACCAUGAGUCUGACAAAAGAGAACCCCGUGAGAGUGUCUCCCUCUUUCCUUUCUGCCCUUUUUUCAAAGUCAGAAAAGGCUUGAAUGAUCUGACGAUGGGCUAACAUCCAAAAAAUAGGGGAUGGAAAGAAAGAGUUUUAAAAAGACAGGAUAAAAGACUUUUUCUAUGCUUUUAAAAAUCCCAUAGAGGAGAAAUAAAUGGCAAGCCCACAGUUGACUACACACGUAUAGUGCAGGAUUUGCUUGUAAUGGUAGCUUGGGCUUAUUGACAGUCCCAGCCAAAACAUGUCAAAGGUUAAGAGAUCUUGCCAAUUGCAAGUGGGAAGCCAAAAGUACCUUUUUCAUGAGCUCAAUGGGGCAGUCGGUUGAUACUUGCUCGGCAGAAUGUAGAGCAGGAGUGACCUCCAGUUUGCAGUGCAACCAAGGAACAAAAAGUUAAUUUGUCUCCAUUAUUUCUCUUUCUCUUUUCUCUCUUAAAGCUCCUGUGAGGAGUUCUUAGCUGGAUAUGGAUAUACAGACAGAUAUCAAUACUGUUGCCUCUCUGUUACCUGAAAAACAAACAAGACCAUCUGCAUAGAGAUUUAUCUGUUUUGUGAGUAUUUUCUUACUUUUAGACUAGCCAAUUAUUCACAGUUUGUAUCUCUAUUUAAACAACCAAAGUAAGACAUUAUACCAUUUAAAGAAAGUACAUGAGAUCAUUUGUUAAAAUAUAGUACAGUCACAUGCAAAUUACAAAAUCAGAAAUAAGAGGCAUUGUUUUGUCCACAGGGGGCACCAAAGUCAACGAAAACCAAAAGCCCCUAAGUGGAGCUUUAAACCGACAAUUUUCAGAUAAGCAAUUAUUCACAAGUUUAGGCAUUCUAAUUUAUCUUAACAUAAUGGCUACACAAUAAGACCUUAACAAGGAUCAUUCUGAUGGAAAACUGCAUUUCUUACGCCUUUUGUAGAUGUUUUUCAUACUUUAAAUUAAGACAAAGACAUUAUUUAAACUUAUAUUCACUCUUUGUUUCACAAUGAAGAACAAAAAGAACAAUUUAGCGUCAUGGUUUAUUUGACCAAAUUGAUUUUAAGAUGAUUUGUAAGAUGCUAAUAAUUAUAGCUGUCAAUUUUUUUUUCACAAUAAUUCAAUUUCCCAAUGGUUGCUUCCACUCCAAUCUCUAAAUAUGAAUCAAUUGAGAGAUUAAAAAAAUAAAAAAUAAAUAAUAUCUGUGACAUUUUUAGUGAAAAAGGUAAUUUAGCAUCCCAAUUGUCAAGAUUUGCAGACUAACCAGGCUAUGAAUCUCUCCAACACAUCCAGUAAUGUGACCUUUGGUUAUCCAGCAGUUAGGAAGCCCCUCUAAAGACCUGGAAUAGCUCGCUCUUAUUUCUCAGGCUUUGAACACAAUGGAGUGACUUUUCAAAGGGGCGACUGGGAGUUAUAUGGAUCUAACUGGUCUUUAUGAGUGUGUGGUCAAGCGUCCAGAGCCCAAGUGAUUCCUCGAGACAACGUGAAAUACCCGUUUCAUGUCCUCAGAUCUUUUGUGUCGUCUGGCUGCUAAACUGGUGUGUAUGAAUGGAGUGACAUGUUGGGUACUACACAGGAGAAAGGAUGAUAUUUCAUUUUUUUGUGGGUACAAGCAAACAGAUAAUAACCAGCAGACUAUCACAUUAACUUUUUUUUUUUUCAGAACAAAGUGCAUUAUCAAUUUUAUCUUCAUUUUAUUUAUCAAGUAUUUAAAACCUUUUUGUGCCAUUUAUUGUUCACAAGGUUUCGGGUCAAAUAAAUAAAUAAAAAUUAAGUCAAUUUCAAGAAUUGUAAAUCUUUGGAAAUUGUGCUAUAGGUUGUGAAUUAUAAGAAUAAAUCAAAAACAAUUUCUUCAUUAUAUGUGGGCAGACAGCUACUCCCCUCAUUUCCCCCUUUAAAAUGAUAUACAGCUCAUGGGUUAAAAGACUUUAUUUUCUUAUCGACUUUAUUCUCUUCUGACUUUAUUCUCACAACCUGGAAUAAUCAGAUCCAUCUGCCAGCUCAUAUUUAUUCUCUUUGGCAGGUUAUGUGGAACCACAAUAGACUGGAUUUAUCAGAUCCUUUAGUUUCAUAUUAGGAAGGGUUUAAAUGGAUUUGCCCUAAUUCAUUGGCUACGUCUUAGUUGGUUUAUUUAUCUCCUUCAGUCUUUAACUUGCAUUGUUUGCUCUCAUAUUAGCUCCUCUUGUUGAAGAAUCAAAAGAGACCCAAGGACGGAGGAGGUGUAGUAGCUAAAUAAGGAAUCCUUUCCCCAAUUCUUUUAGAGUCUUCUCAUGUAAAAUCACAUUGGUAAUAUCUGGUAUGACUGAUUUAAAGCAAGUAGUGGUAUUUUACAAAGUAAAUAAAUUGUUAAGUCUUGAUUUUACCAAAGACUACUUGAUUUAAGAAAAGAAGUGAACCGUUUGGAUCAAGCAAUCCUCAUGAGAUGUCAUGGCUACUUCUGAAUCUGGUGUUGCAGCUUUUAAAAUGAAUGAUGAUGAUAUGUUUUCAUUAAAACAAGAUCAAACAACUGCACAUACAGCCUUCAUUGGUAAGAAAGAUGUGUCCGCUGUACUGCUGCUCUCCGCAGCGUCACACGCUGUGUUGUUCUUAUUGUUUGUAGGCAUAGACUGUAUAUAGAAUGGACAGCAUCUGCCUCCUUGAUGGGUGAAGCCACUCCGAGAACAGCACCCUCUGUUGACGGGCUGCAGUAUAGAUCAUAAAUCCCGCCUCCACCAGCAAAGCUUAUGGAGCUAUGGACAAACUUUAGAAAUUUAUUACACAGAACAUAAUUUUUCUCCCCCCUGCUUGUGAUGUUGACGUGUACUUACAGUAGGACUGGUUUGAGCUCAAGUCCUCUUUUUUCUGUGAAGCUCCGUUUUUAAAGUUAUUAGAGGGUUCGUGUUUUCUAUGACUGACACCUGAUACAGCCUAUUGGCGUUCAGGGAUUGCAUAGCUCAACCGGGGGAUAUGCUGUUUGAGCCGAGUGUAAUCACAUCGACUCAUGGCGACUCUCCCGCCGAAUGUAUACAACACUACUGUGCAAUGCUGGUUUCAGGAAAUGAAGAAAAAUCCCAGAAAUACUGAGAGCUUUUUGGUUUCAAAUCCAUAUACAGGCGGGAGGCGGAACCAACUUGACCACAGUAUAUACAGUCUAUGGUUGUAGGUCUGUGUCUGUGUCUGUGCCUGCGUGCGGCCAUUGCUCAUGUCUCCUGGAAAAGGUAAAUCAAUUGAACAGAUCUAGACCAGUUUACCUGGUCUGGCAACACCAGGCUUCAAUUAUUCUGAAUUUGAUCAAGAUUUCAUUUUUUUUCCCCCUUAGUGUCCCCCAUUAUUUGGAGUACUUUUUAAACCAAAUGUUUCUGCAGGUUGAUUCAAGCAUUUCUAAUGUUAACAUGACAACUAGCCAAUUAGUCCUUAGAGCCCAAACCAAACUUUAACCAGCGUGAUUUUUUUUUUUACCCCAAAACGGACCUAUUUUUACUAACCUGUAUACUAAACACUUUCACGUUACUUUUUAAAAAAUAAAGAAUAUUAUCAAGUCAUCCUUUAUUUAUCUAGGUCUAGUGCGAGCCUGUGGUGCAGUAAACUUUUUUUUUUCAUGUUCAACUCCUGAUGUGACAAACAUCCUUCAAACACACCCACUGAGCCUGGAACCCAAAUUAUGGCAAUUACCACUGGCACCACUUUCAGGCACCAACGGUUUUCAUUGGCCUGGACUAAUCCCCCAUAAAUCCUUGCAGCGCUCCAAUCACCAGCCGAGCCUCAGCUAAUUGCUUAUGAGUUCCUUGCACGCUCCAGGUGCCACCGUAGCACACCCUGUGUUUGUAAACAUAACUCAUAAAGAAGAGGCUGCCAUCAAAGUGUUAAUGUUUCCCUUGGAGGAUCAGAGGCGAUGCGGGAACGAUGGGGGUGCAGCUGUGGGUUUGUACCUGGAUGUCCUCGACUGAGGCAUUCCCUCCUUCCCCACAGCUGUGGCGAGCCCAUGAGAGGGCUUCUUUUACACGCUCCUGUCAGAGAAGAAAGACACUCAACAGGAGUUUGUGUUUGUUUACCUUCCUGUUCCUUUCUGUCCUCCUUUUUUACUCUUUGUACUUCUUGGUGUCUGUGCCUGAAGUAGAUGACCUCACUGGGUAAGCACGGCUGCUGUUGUUCAGAGCUGAAAACAAAGUUUAAGAUAGUUGCGUGCUUGGGGAGAUGGGGGCGGCAGAUGUGAGCUUUUUUAAGUUUUAGAGCCCCCCUGGAUGUGUUCUUUGAAACCAGAAACAGUAGCCUAAUGAUAUUAACAGCUGCCCUGGGGAAAACAGGUAGUUUGUGAGUCACAGUUUUGUGUCAAAAAGCAGGGAUUUGCUGUCAUAGAAAGAAAUUCUUUAAAGAAAAGAAUCACAUUGCAAGUCCUUUUAGAGCACUUGCAUGUCCAAACAGGUUUAACAGUUUUUCUUGUUAUCAUCCAUUUCAAUACGACACAAAUUCCUGAACAUGACCUCAGCAAAGUGAGACAAAAUCCAAAGCUUUCAUUUGUACAAAAUCACAUUUUAAAUUUGAGCUGUAACCAACAAGGCUUCAGCCGUAAGAAACUGAAAAAUCACAAGAACAUGAUCCAGAGUGAAAGUCUUUCACUGACAGAGCAAGGCCUGUGCUUUUGCCUCUCAUUGAAUGAAAAAUUUAACAAGGGGUCACCUGGCAACAAGUACGCAUUGGAAGUCAAGAUGGUCAAAGAAAACCAAAAACUCUCAGGUGAACUCGUGGAUUUUUGAGUUCUGUAUUCUACUUCAAAGUGGUAGUAUCAGCUAUUUCACCAAAUGUUAUUGAUAACUUCAAAGGUCAGAGCCAAAAGCUGACGAGGUUUGAAUCGGCGAGCUUUCAGCGCACUUUCCACACUGCCAGCGGACACAAAAAUGUCACUGCGCCAGCUGAUUCUUUGAAACCUCCCCCUACUGCGCCAACACGCCCAGUUUGGCACAUCUUGGUGUGCCUCAGUCUACCAAAACAUCAAAGUGGCUGUGCGCCGGGUUGUGCUGGACUAAAAUACCACUGUGCCACCCUACGCCGCUGGUGGGAAGAUAGAGCCCAUAAGGUCUCCAUCACCCUGUUCAGAGAAUGGUCAAUCAAAAAUCUGUAUUGUAGGGUGAAUUGAUGAUCACUCUCUGUUUCUGAAGACCUGCACUAGGUGCACCAGCUAUGCUUGAGUUCUUAUUUGAAUGUAAUUUGAUUUGGAUUAAGUUUACACUCUAUGUCUAUCUUACAAAAUCUUAAAAUUUCAUGGAGGCUCAUUUUAAAGAUUGGGAUGAAUUGGAGGAUGAGGUAAAGCACAAGAUUUUUCUAGUUAUUUUGUAAUGGCAGCUUGUUUUCUUUGCAUCCAUACAACAAUUAACAUGGAUGGUUAUUUUGAUCUGUUGUCCUGUUUUUGUUUUCUGUAAGCAGAAAUCAAUUCAUCUGCAUGACAACAGAGUAUGACAAAUUUACAUAUGUUGAAGUACUCAAUUUAACCUCUCAGUGUCACUAUCAAUAUUUUACUCUGUAGUUAAUUUUCAUCUUAGUGUGAGGAGAAAUGUUGCAAUAAAACAGUAUCAGCAGUAACUGUCUUUCCAAUAAAUUAAGAUAUUGAUAUUGCGUUGAAAAUAAGUAAAGGGUGUAACCAUGACUUAAAAACAGUGGAGAGACAAGAAGUUGUAGAUUGCUGCCAAGGUACCUGUAGUAUCCCUCUAAGAGCUGAUUGGGUGCUUUUCAAAAACUGACAUUUAUAUUUAUUAUGAAUCCAAAAAUAACAUUAAAGCUUGUACUUCUUUGCCGUGAUUUUGACUGUUUUAUUUCAGUUUUUAAGUUAUGGUCCACUAGAAGUAGUAUAUCAAAGUAAAAGCAUAGUUCCAUCAGGCAGGAAAAAGUAACAGAAAAAAUGUCAAAAUAAAAGUGUUACAAUCAAUUAAAGGCAAUGUUGUUUCCAAAGAAAUUUCUAUCACUGGGCUGGUGAUGUGGAUAAAUCACAAAUUUAAAAUGUUUUAUUUUUCAGUGACGUGCAAGAUAAUUGUGUGUUUAUUAAGCAUUGUGUAGUCCCACUGUAUCCUCAGUUCGACUGAUGGUGUUGUUAUAGUUUCAAGUUUUCCAAAAACAUUGAUGUGAUAUCAUUAUUGCAAUAUGUAUGGCCAUGAUAAUUAUAAGAUGAAAAUCUGGUAUUGUGAUGCUCUCUAACUGUGAUGCUUUAUCAUAUUUUACUGAAGUUAUUUCCAGCCUUUGGCCCCGAGAGUGUAAAUCAGAGUCAACGCUUUUACUACAUAAAAAAAGAACUUGUCACUGAUUGGCCAAAUAGAGUGAAAACAUAAUUUCUGUGACAAUAUUUAUAUUUCAACAUAUGGGUUUGUGUUGACCUUACACCCUGAUUUCAGGCUUAACUUUUACACAGCUGGGGCAGUGAGCCCUUGAAUCAAUCCCAGAUCUUUCACCUGUUGUUACUCUAAUCGUGCUGACAGAGAUAAAUGAUGUUAGCCUUGUUUAUUAUAGACUUUUUUGGAUAUAUUUUUGACCCAAACUAUCAUCUGUAACCCAAAUGGUCAUUUUUGUAACCCAACUUCUAUCAAACCUUUGCUUUAGCCCUAUCAGAUUAUUUCCACUGACUCACUUUCCAGCUGUUUUGCUCAGUCGGUUAUUUCUUGGUAGCACAUGGCCGCUAUGAAUAUACUCAUCUUUACAGAGCCUGUUUGAAUUAAGUAAAAUGAUGUCAGUCUGCCAAAACACAAAAAGGGUGGUCCAAGGUUGACUUUGAUGGUUCAUGAUGUGGAAAAAAGACAACAAAAACAUCGGUGAAAAGGUACGAAAGUUUAAAGACACAGACACUGUGGAAAGAUUCACAAAAUUAAAGCUGAAGCUUUAGGUAAACAUGUAACAGAACAUGUAUGGGUUGCAGCAGUGUGUAAGGACUUAUAAAGGAAGAAGAAAAUGUCAUAGACUGACAGUGAUGGGGCAGAAAAACCCAGUCAGAGGCUGUACUGGUUCCUGUUAUCUUUUAUUUACCCUAUUUUACUUCACAUUAAGUAAAAUAGUUCAGUUUACUGUGAAUUAAUGUGGGUACCAUUCCUAUGGAUGCAUCUCAAACUGAGUGUGGUAGACUGUUUUCAUCUGAAAAAAUAGUAAUCUAAAUCAUUCAAAAUCAGUGUGUGAUGUAAAAUUGUUUAUUUCUUGUGCAAUUAGCUGAGAUAAUGUGUUGCUUAAAGGUUGUUAUAGUGGAGAUGUAUUUGUAUCAUUGUGAAAAGAAAAGAGUGAACUAAGUCUUUAAGUCAAGUCAAAAAGAAAUGUGUCUUUAUUUCAUAAAUAAACAUAUUAACUCGAGUCCUUGUGCCAAGUUCAGCUUCACUGUUCUCUCCAAAACAAAUUUGGAUUUGCACAAAUAAAUAGGUAGAAAAACUGGAACACCUGUGAAACCCCGAGGGUUUAUUUGACAGUUUUAAGACUGCUCAGAAACUCAGUCGGUGCCUUGUACCAGACCUGCGGUUGUGCAGAAGCAGCUGAGGACGGUCAGUUUGGUGGUCAGGUGCUCGCUGCUGCUUUUAUGACUACAUUUCCUACCGGCUCUGGGUCACCCUGUCCUUCAGCACCUUGAUCUCGUGUUAUGUUUACAGCAAGUGUCCAAAGCCAACAGUAAUUUUUCACAAACAUUCAGCAGGUCCUUGCCUCUAAGCAACAACACUGCAUGUUUUCCCUGCAUAGACUUCGUUUCCAGGGGUGUAAAGAGAGUAUUUCGUGCUCUGAUCUGAUAACAGGCCUCAUCAGGGUGCUUUUGAAGGUGUAAGUGGGAAAAUAAAGCCAGGAAAAAUGCCAUCUAAAAGAGUGCUGCUUCUUCAGUAAUUAGCAGCUAUUCAGCACCCUGUGGUAAGCCCUGGGGUCAUCUCCAAACCAUCUCCCUAUCGUAGCCAUGACAAUGGGUGCAGACCUUUUAUUUUUGUAUGCAGACAAAAACCAGAUCAAGAGUGAACCACAUGGGACUUGUUUGCAAUCACUGCCCAGAGGAAACAAUUAGCCCACAAGCUUGCCAGCUUUUUCAUGGAGUGAAGUGUGUUGGAGAGGCUGCUAAAGAGGCCAGCGCAGACAGGUUUUUAUGUCCCUUAGUAAACAACACAAGGCAUCAUCAGGAUGGAGCAUCACAUCUGGAGUCUGGAAUUUUAAAUGCAAGCAGUACGGGAUAGUAACGUUGUGUAGGAUUGGUCACUGUGUAUGUUUGAGUUAAAUUCUUAUGCUAGAUGUUCUUACACAGGAGUGUCAACUAAUGAAGCAUCUGUGAGAAAGUUGUGAUUAUUCCCUAUCUUGUUGGGUGUCAUCUAACCUUUACCUGCUGAUCUAAAUGCACUUAGCUUUCUUAUCUCCUUCCAAAGAAAGCUCUUGCAGGUCACUGUACAUGUUCUACCUGUCUGUGAGUAUUUCCCCAGAGCAUGUGUCUGUCUGGUAUCCUAAUCACUAAUGAUGGACCCUUUUGAUGGGGAAACUCCCUACACUAGAUGUUUCUAACCCAGACUCCUGUUCUCUCUUUUAUUUUCCAGGCCUGAUGGAAAUCCGAUCUGUCAGUGUGGGAGUUGUUGCCAUCAAAUCUGUCAGCACCGGGCUGUACUUAGCUAUGUCCAAGAAAGGCACGCUCUUUGGAUCGGUGCGUAUACAAGCUGGCAUGAUUGUUUCUGAAGGUCUAGACGGCAGGGAGGAAGCUGAGAGGACGGGGAGGUAUAUGUGCAUAGGGGUCCUAAAUGAGCACCUUUCCAAACAUGUUUGAUUCUGCAAAUAUGAGGAAUCUCCUGGAAAGUCCAGAAAGGGUCAGAAGAGUUACAAUCAAUCAUGCCUGUACACCUGGCUAGGCCAUAGUUGAUGAUACUUCUAGCUUGAGUUGGCUUGUUCCACUGUCAUAAUAGAUAGCGAGGCAAAGAAACCCAACCAGAGACGACAAAGAGCCACCUGGAUUCCCAAAAGUGUCUGCGUGCCAUCUGCCAAUUGUUGUUUCUGACAGAGGGCUUUUAAAAGCAAUCAUCUCACUUUGUUAGAAUCAGCUGAACAUCUGACCGGAGGUGUGUGGUGUCUAGCUCAUGUAUUUAUAUCUUGGAAAAUAAGGACUCAGAAGAAGGCAAUCAGUCAGCAGCAGAGAUAAUGCAAGUGUCUUCAGAGAGCUAUCACGGUAAACAAACCCGAAGGCUAAGGUAUUUACUUGAUUCCCAUGGUGAGAAAAAAACAGUAAAACAUGCCAGACCCAUACUUUUGGAUGUUAUCAGGACCUCAAAACCAAAAGAUAAUAAUCUGGAAAAGGGAGAUAAGAUUCAAUCCUUGAAUCAAAAUGAGAUCAUUAAGUCUGAAAACAUUUGUCAAACUAUUCUCAAAGGAUAAGUGAAAUCAACCAACCUGUUGGAUAAAAGUCAUUCCAUAUGUGCAGAUAGAAACUGCAAUGUCAUGGCGAUGUUUCAAUGUAUGUAUAACCAAAUACAUCUGAGUCUCGAUUUAUCAGGCCUUAAUUCACACAUACUAUCAAAGCAACCAUUAAUGUACACUUAUCUGACUUGCUUCAUAAACACACAUUAAUGAACAUAAUACAAAGCAGCUGGUCUGCAACAGCAUGUUGACAUACACCAGAUGUCAAGGGUGCAAGAAAAGGUUGUUGUUGUUUUCUUUAAACAAAAGUUCAGUUUCAGUCAAGUUAUGUUAGCGUUACUAUAUUACAGAUUUCAUAAAAAGAAAGCAAUAGUGUAACAUUCUUUGAAUUAAAUGCCAUCCUUCUCCUGUUUCACUAGUGUUCUGGGACCCUUUAAUUUCGAUCAUGGCUCUUUCACAGCAGUCUUUGUGGAGGAUUGUAUUUUGUUCUCUAAACCAGAGGCUCAGAGGUUGGCAUGACCAAUUUAGCAGAGUCUAUGUUUGUAUCAGAGCUGUCACUAUCAUAGCCUACUCCAUGCAUAAAUGUUUGUAUUGCAUGUAGGGAAAUGUUUAAAAUACCUAAGGCAUCAUGUUGCUUCAACCCUGUGUUUUCUGGAGGAGGCUGUGAUGUCACCUGUACUAGCUCUUAAUGAAACACUGAACACUCAGGACAUUUGUGUGUUGUUUAGACAAAUUGAUGUAUUGCCUUUCUCGUCUUUGUAUUACUUUAUUGCAUAAUGGUUAAGGAUAACCGUAGCAUUGACCAAUCUUAAACCGUUGCACCACUAUUUCUAUGGCAACAAAUUCUUAUUAGCUUUCUUGCUGUAUGAAUCAAAAGCAAUCUGAACAUUUCAAAUUACAGUCAACUCACAUCAAAACAUUAGCCCAUUAGCCCAUUAGCCUGCUUAUUUGUGUUUGAUGAAACCUGACACCCCCCCCAAACACACACACACACAUUCUUUGAGCUUUGCAACUGACACACCUUAAAACAUAAACAAGCAAACUGCUGCAAUUUAUUUAAAAAAUUAAAGAUUACAUUUUGAGGCUAUAAUUAUGGUUAGGACAGUGGAUAAAGUAGGAAACUGGGAGAAGUGAAUGACUCCAAUCAACAUGGCACAAACUGGGUUUGAACCCUGGUUGCCCAUGACAUGGACUAUAGCCUCUCAACAUUAGAUGGAAGAUUUCAUCACUGAGCUGAAUGGGCAUCUCAGAUAUGACUGCUUUUUAGACUACUUUCACUGCUGCUUAUUGUUGACGUUAUUUGCAGGGAUCUGCGUCUCAAAGUUAUACAGACCUACUGCUGUUUACUGGAUCACAGCACAGGAUUUUGAUCCACUUUUCCCUCAGAUUUACAAUUUACAAUGUUAUUUACAAGAUGCUUUUAUCCAAAGCAACAUACAUUCGAAAACAACUGGGCACAGCCAGCCGGGGCAGGCAGGGUCAAGUAUCUUGCCCAACGACACUUCAGCACAUGCACAGCUUUGGAAUCAAACCCCUGACCCUCUGAUUGGGAGACAACAGACUCUACCAACUGAGCCACGGCUGUCCUUCAUGGUUGAAAUGGUUGGGACCCUGUCGCUCUUUAGGCUGCACUCACACCUGUGCCCAGUUUCUCUCCAUCUCAAGACCAGUCUGAAAUAGAAACUAACAUUUUGUCUCAGUGUUUACCAAUUCAGGCUGUUCAUGAAAUCUAAAAUUUCACCAACAAGCAAAGAUGAAUUACAGGGAACUUAUUUGAUAUGACGUGUUUGAUCAGGUUGCCUGCUGUGUUGCCCUUGUAAUUAAGAAUUAAUCACCAUUGCUAUGAGAUUCAAGUACCAAACACAGCUGGGUAAUAUGUAAGAAAGCUGGGUAAUAUCACUUAAUAAUUGUGGUUUUAUUUGUGGAAUAAUGAGGUAUUUUAUGGUUUUAAGCUCUGUUUUUGAUGACUUUGGCAGCAUAAGUCUUUCCAGAACAAAGUCUUGGUUUCUCAAGAUAUUCCACAGACCUCAUGGUGAUCAGUUUCAGACACUGAUCAGUUUUCAGAGCUUGGGCCCAAUAAAAACUAACUCUGAGGCCUGUGGAUUGUUUUGAGUAACCACAAUGUUGUUACUGGAUAGACAGGCUAGUUUCCGGUUUUUAAUUGGAAAUAUUCAGUGCCUCACAGAAAAUACCAAAUUCCACCAAAAGAAAUAAGUUUCAGGAGUGAAAACCUCAAAACCUCCACACUUUCUUCUUGGAAAGACAAACUGUGUGAGAGGAGAUGUUUGUUUUUAUAUAAUUCUGUUAAACCAACUCUUUACGUCUGGACUAAAAAGUCUAUUGUGGCUUUCUGAGGGUAAUAAGAUGAAUACUUUGUGAUGGUAAAAUGCUAAAACAAUGCUAUAAUCAUGAUCCCACACCUGGAAAAUCCUUUAGCAACAACAGACAUUAACCUUUGUCCUCUUCUUGGAAGACUGCCUAGCAAAGCACAGAAGGAAUAUAAGUCAGACAUAAGUUAAACACUCAUCCAUUAUAGCCUCCUUAACCUCUCUGUCUUCUUCCCUUGGAUCCUCCAGGUGAAGUACAACCCAAGCUGCAAGUUCAAGGAGCGCAUCGAGGAGAACGGCUACAACACUUACGCCUCCCUCCGCUGGAAGCACGGUGGCAGGCAGAUGUUUGUUUCACUGAAUGGACGGGGGAAACCACGGCGAGGUCACAAGGCUCGACGAAGGCACCCGUCGACUCAUUUCCUGCCCAUGCUGCCCUCCUAGCUACCCAAGUCUGAACACUCGCUGACAACUGGCUGGCUCAUUUGACUCCUCACUCUAGAAACAGUGACCUUUACUUUUACGGUUUCAUUCUCCUGUCAAAAAUGUACAUUUGUUAAGGUUUGUAACAUUUGUAGAAAUAGUAUAAUAUGUUCUUUUAAGUUAUUUUCUCUGUUUUCUACUGACAGUGGAAUUAUAUAAUCAGACAUCUGUCUGGCUACAGUACCUGUCUGUGUGUCUCAAGUGCAUUUAUAGCAGAUGUUGGGUUACUUUGGGUGGCUGUACAAAGACUGAAAAAGGCCAGCACGGAACAAAAUGAGGCUCAUUGGUUCAUAAAUUUAGCUCUUCUACUGCAGAUGCAAAGAGAAAAGGAAAAGGGAAGCUUCUGGUACGGUAUAUAUAUAUGAAAUCUGUCAAAAGACAAAUAUCACAAUUGACUGAAACAUUAGGGGAAUCAUAAAACAUGACAACUCUUACAUCCCAAGUGUUUCUUGGGAUAAACUGUACACUACUCAUUUAGAGACACUGAUCUUGACCUGGACUACACUGAUGAGAUAAAAAUCUCUACUAUAUGUUCCUCAACAUGAAAACAACACAAAAGACGUUAAGCUAACUACUGGGAUAACAAGCUACAUUUUCUGAAUGACCUUUUGUAUGUUUGUGCAUGCUUCUGACUGCUUCUUUUAUCCAACAACCCACAGCUCAGAAACGAGGAAUCGGUUUUAGAGGAAAAAAAAAAAAAGACUUUCAUCAAGUGUGUGAGUCCUGGUCAGUUCAGUUUGUGAAAAAAUUAUAUACAUUUUGAGUUAAUGCAUUAUAGCAGCUGUAGGUACACCAUGUCUUUACUAGCAACUUAAUUAAUUUUUACACACUUAUACAACAGUUACUGUCUCUCUGUUAAGUCUUGCUAACAUUUUCUCAACAAUAAGGCUGUUGCUAAUAGAACAAUUAAUAUAUUUAAAACAUUUUGUACUCUUUAACUGUUUGGAGUUGAUGAAUAUUGUAAUUGUUGACUUUUUGUGUUAAACUGUAGUUAUAUUGUUAAAAAAAAAAAAAAAAAAAAAAAAGAAGAAGAAGGGAACAAGAAUCAUACUCCAGUCCAUAUUCGGCUCAUUUAGUAUGUUAUUACUACUGGUACUAUAUUGGUACGUAUGUGAUCCACUUAUCAUAAGCAACUUGUAGCUGUAGGCCUGUAACAGUAGGUUAUGUGUAAGGCCAAAGUCUCAGAACAAACAAUCUUUAGAUUCAUUUCAGCAAAGUAAAGUUAUUUGAGUGCCUUGGUACAUGCUGAGUUUGGCAAACUUCAAUAAAAAAUGUGCAUAAAUCAUGAGUCAUAGCUCAUUCGCUUAUGCCUGCAAGUCCUUUGUAAAUCCUCAAGUGCUAAAUGUGAAGAGAGGAUUGGAGAAAAAAAAAUCUUGUCCUGUUCGUGACACUGAUUGUUAAGUGCUGGUAACAUCUCCAUCCAAGCUCCCCCCCCCUAACAUAAUCCCCAUCCUCAUCAUAAUCAUGACAAAACUCACAGCAGGAGAGGCGUUGAUGUGAAGGAC